AUGGAUUCCGACCAAGGAUGGAGAAACAGUAACUGUGAGGACCAGCUCCAAACGUGUUAUAUAAAACUCAACGACUGCAACAACGAUUACGACGCUAUGAUAGAGCGCAAUCUUGAUGCACCAAUGCCGUGGAUAGGAAUGUACAUUGCAGCAGCUUCUGCCAUAUGCUCCCUUGCUAUGGCCGCUGAUGUUAUCAGAGGCUUCCGAAGCCAGAAGCUAUGGCUCCCGUGUAACUACUUCUCUCUCAACGCUACUUCCUUGACACUCUUAACCGUCACAAUGAAGCUCACCGUGGAUCUCACAAGUAGCAUGAUGGGAACCAAUGACAAGAUUGCGAGCGUAGGCAGCCUAGUGCUGAUGUCAACUGCUGUGGGAAAUUUCAUGACAUCUGUAGCUUCCAUGGAGAGCAAAGAGAUUCUGUUGAAUCUAACCGCUUUAGCCAUUCUUGUCAUCACUAUUUCAGUCAAUGUAUGCAUCCAUAAUGUCCAAACGUUUGAUGUUCUUGACGGGAAUGUUGUGUUGGCUGAAGAAGUAGCAGCUAUUGGUUUCAUGCUUGUUUUGGUUAUGUUGUUGUGUUUUUCUUCGAUGGUGGUCCCAACCACCAAAGGGUAUGUGGAGUCCAAGUACCGGGAGAUGCACAGGGAGAUCGCGUCAAAUGGGAGAAGGGAUGUGGGUGGAUUUAGUGUUGAGGAGCUUAGAGUGGCUCUGAGGAGAUAUUGGGUGAUGGCAGAAACCGGCAGCCCUCAGUUUGUGAUGGCGCGUUCUGUCAUCUCUGGUGCUUCUGGUCUGAUGUGCCUUCUGAUGGCUCUUACGUUGGUGGAGUCAUAUGUACGGGUGAGGUUGUUGUACGGGGAAUAUACAGAAUCCAACUACAAGUGGUCGAUCAAUUGGAUUUUGCAUAUACAGUCUGUUGGUGUGGCGUUGGGUACUAUUGCUCCUUUGAUGAGAUGGUAUGUUGCUGCUUGGUUCAAGAUCUCGGAGAUUGGACAGAGGAGUUUAGUAGAAGAAUUCAAGAUCGAAAAGUAUUGGACUUCGAGGGUGGUAGAGUGGAGGGAGAGGCCGCUCCCUUUACAGAUUCGAUCGCACAAGUUUAGGAAGCUGCUUCAUGAAGCAAAGAGAUUUUUGUUGAGUAUUUCCAGUGGUGUUCUUGUUUUCUUUGUUCUAACUAGCAAAAUGGUUAUCUUCAUUUCUGCCCUAUUUGGAAAAGCAAUCUUCAUGUGCUUCCACCGGAAUGAUGACGAAUCAAGAGAUGGAAUAGAGCUCGAUUUGAGGCUGUACGUUCUGUUACUAGAAGGAGAGGCAAAGCUGCCUAAGAGGAUCAUGAGAAACAUUUGCAAUGAGUUGGAUAAGUUGAUUGAAAGAAGUGAGAUGAAGCAAUGCAAGAAUCUAAUGUGGCUGCUUAGCAAAUCUGUGAGCUUCAAUGGGGUGAAAGAAUUUGACAGAAAUGAAGUUCCAAGCUUGUAUUCUCAAGAACCCGCGAACAGCUGGUCUCUGCCUCUUGUUACCUUGACAAGCAUUGCAGUAGCACUUCCUAACAUCACGGCUCGUGAGGCUAAUCAGCUAGUCAGUGGUGUUGGUGAAGGCUUGUCCCUUGUCAAGCUUGUCGAUGGAACUCUUGAUAGAGCCGGGGAAAUGGAACGCGUGAAGAAUGCAGCAGACGCGGUAUGGGUUGGAGUCGAACUCUACAGGAAAUGGCAGGAUAAGGAUCUGCUGGGAGAUGCAACGUACGAAGAAACGCUACAGAAGCUUUCCGAUCUUGGAGAAAAGACGGUUAAAGAUUUCACUACUCGGAUUGAAGAUAUUCUGAUGCAGAACCCUCUGAAUUGGCCUAGCAAAGUCAUAGCUGCUAACUCGAUGUACAGAAUCACUCAAACCAUUUUGCUGGCCAACAAAGACAGCAUACACCGAACGGAUAAUGAUCUCUUUGAGAAGCUGUGUGAUGAUCUCGGACAUACUGGCAGCUUGUCUUACCAACUUAGCUCAUGUCAUAAUCUUCAAGUGUCACAGCAAUGCAAUCAGAGACAGGCAAGAGAGUGUGAGAAAAGCCGCUGUUCUUCUAGGCGAGAGUCGAGAGAUUCUUGA